UACAUACAAAAACCUUAUAUAUACACACACGAACAAAAUCAGCACAAUCAAAAUCAACUGAGCUAUCAGUGUAUAUUUUCAAAAAACUUGAAGUUUAGAAACCAAAAAAAUGGCCAAGGGACCUGGUCUUUACUCUGAUAUAGGCAAAAAAGCUAGAGAUCUUUUGUACAGGGAUUAUCAAAGUGACCAAAAGCUAUCGAUUACUACUUACUCUACUAAUGGAGCCGUUAUCUCAUCAUCGGCAACUAAGAAAGGGGAGUUAUUGUUGGCAGAUGUUGGUACACAGCUGAAGCAUGGAAAGGCUACUGUUGAUUUCAAAGUCGACACAGCCUCUAACUUGUUGGGAACCAUCACUGUUGAUGAAGCUGCUCCAGGAUUGAAAUCAAUCCUUAGUUUCAAAGUUCCAGACCAAAAAUCUGCCAAGCUGGAACUCCAAUACUUGCAUGACUAUGCGGGGAUCAGCUCUAGUGUUGGGUUGACUGCAAACCCGACAAUUAACUUCUCUGGGGUGAUAGGAACUAGUCUUGCUGCACUUGGAACUGAUGUCUCCUUUGACACUCAAACAGGAGAUUUCACCAAAUACAAUGCUGGGUUUAGCUUCUGCAAUGCUGAUCUGAUUGCUUCCUUGGCUGUGAAUGAAAAGGGCAACCUGUUGAGUGGAUCUUACUACCAUCUAUUGAGCCCUUUGACAAAUACAGCAGUUGGUACGGAGGUAACUCACAACUUUUCAACCAAUGAGAACACCAUCAAUGUUGGGACACAGCAUGAACUGGAUCCUUUGACCACAGUGAAGGCGCGGGUCAACAAUUCUGGGAAGGUUCAUGCUCUUAUCCAGCAUGAGUGGCGUCCUAAGUCCCUUUUCACAAUAUCUGGUGAAGUUGACACCAAGGCUGUGGACAAGACUGCAAAGGUUGGGCUGGCCUUGUCUCUGAAACCCUGACGGGCAAUAGCUUCUGUGUCUGGAUGUAGUAGUUGGCCAAUAAACAUCUCCCCUUGGUUCUAAUAUCUUCAUGGUGUCGGGGACUAUAAAUAAUAUUGACAAUUAGUUCUAACUCUCUAUUUCAUCCUUUCUCAAAGGCUGGAUGACAGGCAGUUAAAAUUUGAAGAGUUUACUUCCGAAGUUUUUGUUUUUUACUGCAGAUAAUCAGAAAGUUCAACCUUUCCCCUCGGGGGUAAAUGUAUUAUUAUCCUUCGUUAAGUGUUACUAAUUGCCUCUUCCAAUGGAUGAAUGCCUUUUUGUAA